GAAAAGCCCUCUGUCGACUCUUCUUCUGUCUGCUAUGACGUGUAUCAUCUGUCGAUAUUCGAUUUGAUUUAAAACGCUAAUAUUUCCUUGCUGAUCAAAGACUCUGGUUUAUUAUUUCUACAAAAUUACAGGUGGAACAUUGAAUACUGUCUAAAAAACAUGAUCCUGCUUGUAGUGGUGGUACUUCUGGCCCUGGUGCUCUUCAUGGCACUGCGUCGUAAAGUUGAGAGUGUGCGUUCUUUUCAACCAUCACAGCCUGGUCCAGAUGGGAAGAAGCCUAUCACUGUUGGAUUCUUUCAUCCAUACUGUAAUGCUGGUGGAGGAGGAGAGAGGGUGCUAUGGUGUGCAAUCAGAGCUUUACAAACCAGAUAUCCUCAUAUUCAAUGUGUGGUUUACUCUGGGGAUACAGAAGCAACUGGGAAUGACAUUAUAGAGAAAGCUAAGCAGAGAUUUAAUAUCACCCUACCAAGACCUGUAGAGUUUGUGUUUCUAAAGAACAGAUUCCUUGUUGAAGCAAAGACCUAUCCAUUCCUAACUCUCCUUGGGCAGAGCUUAGGGUCCAUGCUUCUUGGAAUGGAAGCCUUGUUUAAAUAUGUUCCUGAUGUGUAUAUAGACACCAUGGGAUAUGCCUUCACACUGCCAUUGUUUCGCUUUCUUGCAAAGUGCAGGGUCGGUUGCUACGUCCAUUACCCCACAAUCAGCACAGAUAUGCUGUCAAGGGUUGCUGACCGAACUGCUUCAUACAAUAAUCAAGGAUUCAUUGCACGUAACCCAGUACUUAGCAAGCUCAAACUCCUCUAUUACAAAGCGUUUGCUUUCAUUUACGGAUUAAUGGGUGCCCGAUCGGAUGUUGUCAUGGUGAACUCAUCUUGGACAUUUGGUCAUAUCAAUGACAUCUGGGGGUCUUCCACAAACCCUAGCAUCGUUUAUCCACCAUGCGAUACCAAAGAGUUCACAAGCCUUCAGAUCAUUCCUGAUGAAGAGAAGAGCAUCAAAGUCAUUGCCUCGGUUGCGCAGUUCCGCCCUGAAAAAGACCACACAUUGCAGGUGAAAUCAUUCUCUGCUUUGAUGAAGAAAUUGAGUCAGGAAGAAAAAAUGAAAAUCAGGCUUGAGCUGAUUGGGAGUUGUCGGAAUGUUGGAGAUGAGAGUAGAGUAGCUGAUCUGAGGGCGCUGUCUUCAUCUCUUGGUGUGGCAGAUCAUGUAGACUUUCUACUGAACAUUCCAUUUGAAGACCUGAAGUCACAUCUAGCUGGAGCCACUAUAGGAUUACACUCCAUGUGGAAUGAGCAUUUUGGAAUAGGUGUGGUAGAAUGCAUGGCAGCAGGUAACAUCAUUGUCGCCCACAACUCUGGUGGUCCUAAGAUGGAUAUAGUAGUCCCUUAUCAAGACCAGCAAACAGGGUUCUUAGCUGAUAGUGAAGAGGGUUAUGCUGAUACAAUGAUGAAAAUUCUUCAGAUGACCUCUGAUGAACGGAUGAAGAUUAGACUCGCUGCCAGGAGUUCAGUUGAAAGAUUCUCAGAGAAGGAGUUUGAAAAAACUUUUCUGGCAGCAUCAGAAAAGUUGUUUGAUUAAUUGGGGGUUUUGGAGAUUUUGGAUGUCUAAUUUAUUAUCUGAGCUAUAUAAUGAUAUUUCUAUUUUGAUAUAUUUUUAUUAAAGACCUAUCAAAGAUGUACUCUGUCAAGAUUUUAUUAAAGGAAAGUACAUCCUGAUGUCAAGUUGAUGUUAAUAAAAUCAGAAAAAUAAAAACAUCAAAGAAUUUUGGGCUUAACCCUAAGAAGACUGGGGGCGGGCUGAUUCAGCCCCCCUCUCAACAUUUUUCACGAUAAAUCCGCUGCUCAAAUUUUUUUUUACCGCGUAGCUUGCUCACUUUUUAUUUUCAAGCCUUGCGCAACUUUUGAGACCAGAAUUGCGACCCCCGGAUACAGGGUUCCGAAUUUACGCAACAUUUCGUAAAGUGCAUGCAGACCAAAAAUUACUCAAAAACAUGAAUUUGUGUACAAAUCCAAUGCAAAUAGUGUUUUUAGCCAAAAUUCAUAAAAUGUAUCAUUAUUUUUCCUUUUACUGCUUAAAAUCAAUUAAUUUGAUCUUGUUUAUGGUGAAAAUAAAGUCCCUGACAAUUUCCAUUGAAAAACAUUAAAACACAAAAAGUCGAAAAACAUGGAAAUACAUAAGAAAUUUAGAAAACAAUAGAAUACAUAAGAAAAUAAAUGUGAUGUUGAAAUUUUUGAAAAAUAAAUUUGAUCAGAUGCCUAUCAGUAUCUAGAGUAUGUGAAACAAAAAUUAGCAUUCUAGGGGCAUUAUUUUAUUAAUUAGAGCAAACUUAUGAUUUUAUGCAUAAAUUAGCAUAAUUAAUGAGCAAUGAGAUUUUUCGCAGAAUUUGAUAUCAUGGUUUUGUAGAUAAUGCCAUGGGUAAUGCGCGUGCCAAUUUUCGUCGCGAUCGCGCAAUCGACGGCUGAGAUCAUAAGGGGGGGCUGAAUCAGCCCCCCCCCCCCCCCCCGUCUUCUUAGGCGUCGAAAUAGCCCAGUCUAUUUAGGGUUAAGUCCAUUAAUUUAAUAAUGGAAUUUUAACGGGUUCAUUGUUGAUGUCGCAUGUACAUGUGACCGUCUUGCUCAUAUGUCAAGAAAUAUGAAAUAAGUCAAGUUCCCUUUCUCAGAUAAUUGAAACUUAUUUUACCUUUGCAAGCAGUAAUGUUGGAUUCUUUAUUUCUUACACAAUUAUAAAAAUUCAUGUAUAUCAAAUUAUCAUAAAUCAUUAAGCAAUGGCAAUUUUUGGAAUUUACAUGAAUAUUACAUGACAUAUUAAUUAGGGGGAACUGCUAGCAUGUGACAUCACAUAAUUCAACAUUCAAAGGUGUAACUCUUGUUGUUUUUAAUAGAUAUUUGGUUAGCUUCCAUUAAAAUGCUCUCUUUUUUUGCUUUUACCAACUUGACAUCAGGGUGAAUUUCCCCAUAUUAUCAUUCUGACUCUUUAAAAAAUGAAAAAUUUAAGAUUCAAUGAAUAUCGUUUUCAAAGGGAUGUUAUGUCAUAUUGUGAUAUGCACUUUACAAGAAUUGCAUUAUUAUUAUGAUUAUUAUUCUAUCUUUUAAAUUGUCUACAUUUCUUUGAAGUGAAAGCAAGCUACAUUUGGGAUGGAUACCUGUGCUUUUUGAUUAUCUUUCAUUCAUCUCGUACUGCUACUGCUACUUUUUCUUCUGAUGCUUAUCAGAACAAGUUUGAACUUUCUCGUUUAAUAUUGAAUUUUCAAAAAAAUUGCAUGAAAUACUUAAAUUAAUAUUCACAAUCAUUACUUUACCAAGAGGGGGCCAUAAAUUGGUAAAAAGAGGAAAUUAAUGAAAGAUGUAGUACAUAUAGUUAAUAAUAAUUAAUAAAGCAAAAUAAUAAACUUGUUGUGUUAUUAGAUGGGAUGAAUAAUCACUGUGAUUGUAAACCCUGCCGCUUUUUCUGCUCAAUUUUGAAGGAUACAUGUAGCUUCAUUGAAAUCCAUUUGACUUGAUAACCUAAUUUUCGACAGUUUCUCCUGAUCAAAACUUAUUUUUUAUACAUUUAGAUAAAUCUAAUUUAGAAACAGUUUGUGGUACAAUGAAAUACUCUGAAAUGGGGUACAAUGUGCAAUGUUAUAAAUUUUGAUAAACAUUUCUUUAAUCGGUAAAAUAAUUAAUGUAAUUAUUCAGUGACUUGUGAAGUGCUAAGCAACAGUCAAUUUCCUUUUGACUAAUCUCAUCAGGACAUGAAAGAAGGAAACUCUUGUCAAAAUUGUUUUCAUUUUAUUAAUAAAGGAAACUGUUAGUUUGUCUAUUCUGAAUAUAUUAAUGCACUAAUGCUCCCCAAUUUAAUGAGGGUUAAACCUUCGAUAGAAUUAAUACCGGUACUUGCUUUAAACGUUAUAAUGUAACGAUUUAAGCUAGUACGGUAUUAAUUUUAGUGAAGGUUUGAAUCUGAUUUACUUAAACAAAUGGAAAACUAUUGAAUGGAAGAAUAAAAAAGAUCAUGUGUUGUAACAAAAUAUUUGUAUUUCUCAAUAUUAAGGAAAGAUAAUGAUAAGUAAAGCUAAUGUACUUAAUCACUUUGAAGGACAUCUGACAUCACUUUAACCGUGACGAUAUAUUUAAGUUUUCUUAUUCAGAUUGCAGUAUGAAUGAUAAUGUCCUGAUGAACAUAUUUCAAGUUGCUUAUGUAAUCAAAUCUCACUUCAUCAAAGGAGUUUCAACUUUUGGUUUGAAAAAUAUUUUAUAUUGUUUCAUGGGCAGAAUAUGUUGGUGGAAUAAGGAAUAGCACCAAUCUCUUUUUUUUUCAAAGUCAAAUUACCAAGCUAAUGGAUGAUUGGAUAAGUUUUUGGAGUGUGAACAAGGAUUGAGUGUUCAACACCUCCUCCACCAAAUCACCAGCAUCCCUUUGCGAGAUAUUCUUUCUGUCAAGGUUUUGAAGGGAUUUGGAAAAUUAAACUAUAAGCUGAUUGGUCAGUCAUGCUAUCAAGGCUUGAGGUGUGAAAAUGAAACCUUGGAUUGAUAUCUUAAAAUAAGUAGUAAAUACCAAAGAAAUUCACUGGAAAUGCCUUACUGCUCCACUCCUUGAAAUCACACUUAAUUCCACUCCUUAGAGAUGAAUAGCAAAAAUGAAAGAACACUUCUGAUUGGUUCCUGGUGCGUAUUUUGAACCAAGUAAGCAUGUAACAUUGAUCUUAAUUGGACAGUCCAUUUAGCGAUUGAUCGCUUAUUUUUGUGUUACUGAGCCCAGUAUUGUAAGCAUAAUCUAACCAAUAUGAUGGUAAAUAUUGCUUGCAAUUUUUAUUUGGAAUUCAACCUUAAUUCAUUCUUAACUCUGUGAAGCAGCUGUCAGGGUCCUAGAACACAAUGUUAAAUGACUGAUAAUCGGGCUGAUUCGCAUAAUUGAUUAUAUUUGUUAUUAUGUCAAAUCAAUUAUACAAAACAAUUGUGUGAUCAUUCUCUAUGCUAUGUUAUGGGGAUAUGGUCUUAUAUUCAUCCAUGUAAAGUGGUCAUUAUGUUUUAAUGACUAUAUUUCAUCCCCUUGGAAGAAGUCAUUAAAAAAUGAUGAGGAUUUAA